AGGUUCGGGUUAUCAACACUACAUGCUUGGAUACGUUUUUUUGAAUGUUUGCUGCACGUAUCCUAUCGUUUACCUUUUAAAAGUUGGCAAGUCAGAUCGGAAGAACACAAGAAAAUAUUUUCGGAAAGAAAAAAAAAAGAUUCAAGAUGAGUUUAGAUCUGAAAUGGGUCUUUUAGUCGAUAUAGUUUUGCAAGGGCAUGGUACGACAAACGAUGGUAAUACAGCAAGAAAAUUUUUUAAAAAUUUUGAAAAGUCUGCCAAAAUUACCAAUAUAGAUGAAGAACUUAUUAAAAAAUUUGGAAAUAUACUGAUGGUUUUAGCUAGUGGUUACGAAAUAGAUACAGAAUCAUUUAAGAACUAUUGUUUGGAUACAGCAAAAUAUUAUAUUACUCUAUAUCCAUGGUAUUACAUGCCCGCGAGUGUACAUAAAAUAUUAAUACACGGUGCUGAUGUUAUUCAACACGCACUACUUCCAAUUGGUCAAUUAUCCGAGGAAGCUCAGGAAUGCAGAAAUAAGGAUUUUAAGAUAUUUAGACAACAUCAUUCAAGAAAAAAUUCUAGGAUCAAUAAUAAUGAAGAUCUUGUACAUAUGUUAUGUGUAUCAUCGGAUCCAGUUAUAUCAAGUUUACGUAACGUACUAAAAAAAAAUAUACUCAAGCUUUCCGAUGAAGCACAAAACCUUGUAAAUAUUGAAUAAAUAAAGUAAAAAUGUAUAUAAAAAACAGUUUAUUAUUCCAUUGUGCACUAAAUCCAUUAAAUAAUAAAGCAUCCUUUUUAACUAUGAUGUGU